CUUUGACCACUACCUGCAGGGUCAGUUGAAAGUGUACUUUUAUGUCGUCUGUGUGCAAGUCGCAGUGCCUUCUUACAUGCAUAUCCACAUUUAAAUUGUGACGCAAACGUGACGUGGUAGCUGUCUAAGGGACGGAAACCCUGCUGAGGCUGAGAGGCCCUCAGGGUAGUAGUUCUCUAGCCUGCCAUGACGAGAGGUCUAGGUAAAGUACAAAGAAGGUGCGAUGUGGUAUAACUCUUGCCACAAACACAUUGUGAAUCUGUUGCUAAUCCCUCCCUGUGUUUGAGUGUGAUGGCAAGGAAGACCAGAGUGCCCGUCUCUGUCUCUUAUUUUCAAAAAGCACUAAAACGCUAGAGUAUUGCUUUCAAAGUUGACUGCUAAUGUAUUUGAUUGCCAGAGAAUAGGCAGGUGAUGUUAGAAUUUCGAGGCACAUCAUAGUUGAUCACGCAGACUAGCAAACUACUGCUUCUCCCAGUAGUCGGAGAAGAGAUGGACGAGGCAUUACUAGCCAUCAGAUCCUAUUCUACAGCUUGUGUGGGUGGUCGUAAUUACUCUAGCCAAGCCAUCAACAGACAACAAAUUAGGGAGCUUGUACUCCAGCCUCAAUUAAGUCUGUAGUCCAAUAAUGACGUGAUAUUAUCAGUUUUCGUAAUACAAAUGUGUUGAAUAGGAUACUGUUGUUUUUAAUGGCUCGUAAAUGAGAUGCUUGUAACAUCAAAAAUGGAUUGGUCAAAAUGUCAGGCCUAUAGCUUUAUAGCCUCAGUUACUUUGAGAGAGAAUUUGAAAUAAGUUACUAUACCCUGCUACCCUUCACAUCCAAAAUGUCUUCUUACAUGGAAGUGAACUCCUCCGCUUUUUGGUAAAACCCAGAUAAAGUAGUUUGUCCUAUAACCAAUGCAGCGUAGCACCCUUCCCCACCUCCACCCAGUCCACAUUGAAAGAAAGCAGCUUGCACUUAUUGAUAACACAGAUAACAUACAGUAAAAACUGCCACUUGGGUAGAAAAACAAAACAAGCUAAACAUGUAGUGUGAUACAGGUUAAGGGUGUCUGCAAGGUCUCCUGGGUAAUGGUUGACGGGGGCUUAUCUGGUCCAUGCCUGGGAAUUCUAUCACCAACGUCCAAUAAGAAUAAAGGGAUAGUAACACAACGUACAGUACAUUAACAACCACACAACAGUCCCACUUUCAUAUGUCUGCUCUCACACACAGACAGAGACAGACUGAGAGAGAGAGAGAGAAAACCAUGGACAGUGGCCGCGUUUAGGGGCUAGCCACACCCUCAUCACGGAGGGCUCACCAAUCGCAUGACAGUAGACACAGUUAGGAACAGACACAAGGAGACCAGGGAAAUCUGAGGAAUAGGAACACAGCAAGGAAUUUAGAUGGUGACUCCCUUCCCAGCUUCCAUUUGAGCACCAGACCAUCAGAAGCCUAUUGAAGCAGUUGGCCAGCCAUAUGGUGUAGUCUAAAUCAAGAUUUGUCUCUUGGGUCAAAGAAAAUGUGGAUAAGGGCAUUGAAUCCUUUUGGCGUCAAAUUAACCAAUUGACACAAUUCAACCAAGCUAUGAAUUGUUGAAAUUUUCUUUGCGGUGUGGUGGUAGAUUGAGGUGUUGGAGAGGUUGUAUUGAAAGCUCAUCCUCCUUUUAAAAGUGUCAUUUACAUCUGUUUCCAACUCGUAACACUGCCUUAUUCAGAUUCCUCGUCUCACACCUGGUUAUGUACUCAUACUCACAGUUCAUGAUACAAUAGUAAGUAACUACAGCAUUUAUUUUUAUGCCUAAUGUUUUUAUUGAUGAAAUGAGACAAACAUGUGGUGUUAACUGGCUUGUGAUUAAAAUAUCCAUUGGUGCCAGAGGACAGUGACGUAAAAUGGUCAGCAUUUGCAACACCUCGUGAAACAACAACAAUAGUAAAAAAAAAGACAAAAAAUCUCAAACUAUUAAAGUGAAUAUCACUGUGUAAUAUUUAUUCAACUUGUAAUUUAUGUACUCUUUUAACCUUUGUCUUUUUUUGUUAUGACAAAGCAUUUUAUUUAAAUAAAGUGAUGUAAUUCAUUUAAA